UCUCACCGCUUCAUUUCAUUUUAAUUUUAAUUUCAAUUUAAUUUGUUUCCUUUAUUUUCUCAUUUCAUUUCUCACCUUUCACGCUUUGUGUUCCCGCGAAUUUCCGAAGCUUCAUUUUUCAGAUCGCCGGAAAAUCUCACACUCAACGGAUUUCACUCUUCGUAGCAGAAAAUGAGUAGCUUGGUUGAGAGGCUUCGUGUAAGAUCAGAUCGCAAGCCAAUUUAUAAUAUUGACGAAUCAGAUGAUGAUGACUUUUUGCUUAACAAACCUGGGACAAGUCAGGAAAAGUUUGAGAGGGUAGUCAGAAGUGAUGCGAAAGAGGAUUUAUGUCAAGCCUGUGGAGAAAGUGGAGAUCUCCUGAGCUGUGAAACUUGCACAUAUGCUUAUCAUUCUAGGUGUUUACUUCCACCACUUAAAGGCCCUGCUCCCGACAACUGGAGGUGCCCUGAAUGUGUUAGCCCACUUACUGAUAUUGAUAAGUUAUUAGACUGUGAGAUGCGCCCUACUGUAGAUGCGGAUGGUGACGACACAAAGUUGGGGUCAAAGCAAAUUUUUGUUAAACAAUACCUUGUUAAGUGGAAGGGACUAUCAUAUCUGCACUGCACAUGGGUUCCAGAGAAAGAGUUUCUGAAAGCUUUUAAGAAUCAUCCUCGUCUGAAGACCAAAGUGAACAACUUCCACCGUCAAAUGGAUUCCUCCAAUACUUCUGAUGAAGACUUUGUUGCCAUUCGCCCUGAAUGGACUACAGUUGAUCGAGUACUUGCUUGCAGGGGUGAUAAUGAUGAGAAGGAAUAUCUGGUGAAGUGGAAAGAGCUUUCAUACGAUGAAUGUUAUUGGGAAUAUGAGUCUGAUAUUUCUGCAUUUCAACCGGAAAUAGAAAGAUUCAAUAGAUUUCGUUCUCGGUCAAGCAAACUUGCUUACAUCAAGCAAAAAAGCCGUGAUAAUGAUGAUGCAGAAUCGAAGAAACAACAGAAAGAAUUUCAACAGUAUGAACAUAGUCCCAAGUUUCUUUCAGGAGGAGGUUCUUUACACCCAUAUCAGCUUGAAGGCUUGAACUUCUUACGAUUCUCUUGGUCCAAACAAACACAUGUCAUACUUGCUGAUGAAAUGGGACUUGGAAAAACCAUACAGAGUAUUGCUUUCUUAGCAUCCCUUUUUGAAGAAGGUGUCUCUCCACAUCUGGUGGUUGCUCCACUUUCAACGCUGCGAAACUGGGAGCGUGAAUUUGCAACAUGGGCCCCUCAAAUGAAUGUUAUUAUGUAUGUUGGAUCUUCCCAAGCUCGUAAUGUUAUCAGAGAACACGAAUUUUACUUUCCCAAGAAACUGAAGAAGAUCAAGAAAAAGAAAUCUGGUCAGAUAGUUAGUGAAAGUAAGCAAGACAGGAUUAAGUUUGAUGUCCUUUUGACAUCAUAUGAGAUGAUCAACUUUGACACAGCAUCGUUAAAACCUAUAAAAUGGGAGUGCAUGAUAGUUGAUGAAGGUCACCGCCUCAAAAAUAAGGAUUCAAAAUUAUUUUCUUCAUUGAAGCAAUAUUCUAGCAGACAUCGUGUUCUCUUGACUGGAACUCCUCUUCAGAACAACUUGGAUGAACUUUUUAUGCUUAUGCAUUUCCUUGAUGCUGGGAAGUUUGGAAGUUUAGAGGAGUUCCAAGAAGAAUUCAAGGAUAUCAAUCAAGAGGAACAGAUUUCAAGGCUUCAUAAAAUGCUGGCCCCGCAUCUUCUGCGAAGAGUGAAGAAAGAUGUCAUGAAGGAACUACCUCCUAAAAAGGAACUUAUUUUACGAGUUGAUUUGAGCAGCAAACAAAAAGAAUAUUAUAAGGCAAUUUUGACCCGUAAUUAUCAGAUAUUAACUCGUCGUGGUGGUGCACAGAUUUCUCUUAUCAAUGUUGUUAUGGAACUGCGUAAGCUCUGUUGUCAUGCUUACAUGUUAGAAGGCGUUGAGCCAGAUAUUGACGAUCCAAAAGAAGCAUUCAAACAACUGGUGGAAUCAUCGGGGAAGUUGCAAUUGCUGGACAAGAUGAUGGUAAAGCUUAAAGAGCAAGGACAUAGAGUUCUUAUAUACUCCCAAUUUCAGCACAUGCUUGAUUUGCUUGAAGAUUACUGCUCUUACAAGAAAUGGCAGUAUGAAAGGAUAGAUGGCAAGGUUGGUGGAGCUGAAAGACAAAUACGUAUAGAUCGUUUUAAUGCCAAAAAUUCUUCAAGAUUUUGCUUCCUUCUCUCUACAAGAGCUGGGGGUUUGGGGAUAAACCUUGCUACUGCUGACACAGUUGUCAUAUAUGACAGUGAUUGGAAUCCUCAUGCUGAUUUACAAGCAAUGGCUAGAGCUCAUCGACUUGGCCAAACUAAUAAGGUGUUGAUUUAUAGGCUUAUAACGCGAGGAACGAUUGAAGAAAGGAUGAUGCAAAUGACUAAGAAGAAAAUGGUGUUAGAACACCUUGUUGUCGGGAGGCUAAAGGCUCAAAAUAUCAACCAGGAAGAGUUGGAUGACAUCAUAAGGUAUGGCUCAAAGGAGUUAUUUGCAGACGAGGACGAUGAAGCUGGAAAAUCCCGUCAAAUCCAUUAUGAUGCAGCUGCUAUCGAUAGGUUGCUGGAUCGUGACCAAGUUGGACAUGAAGAGGCUACUUUGGAUGAUGAAGAGGAAGAUGGAUUUCUGAAGGCUUUUAAGGUUGCAAAUUUCGAGUAUGUUGAUGAAGCUGAGGCUGCAGCAGAGGAGGCAGCACAAAAAAGAGCAAUGGAAACUAUGAACAGUUCAGAAAGAACACAUUACUGGGAAGAGUUGUUAAAAGACAAGUUUCAAGAGCAUAAAGUUGAAGAGUUCAAUGCUUUGGGCAAAGGAAAGCGAAACCGCAAGCUGAUGGUUUCUGUUGAGGAGGACGACCUUGCUGGUCUGGAAGAUGUAAGCUCUGACGAGGAUGACAAUUAUGAAGCAGAGCUUACUGAUGGUGAUUCAAAUUCCAAUGGAACUACUUCUGGUCGAAGGCCUUAUAGAAAAAAAGCACGGUAUGUAUAUUUAUUAAUAUGGUUUUGUGACAUGAAAGACCUAGAUUAUCUGGCCUUGACUGAUGUAAAUAUUCCUUUAAAUCUAUUAGCAGCAGAUAGCACAGAGCCACUUCCUCUGAUGGAAGGUGAAGGAAAAGCAUUCAGAGUACUUGGUUUUAAUCAAAAUCAGAGGGCUGCAUUUGUGCAAAUUUUGAUGAGGUACGGGGUUGGUGAUUUUGAUUGGAAGGAAUUUACUUCCCGCAUGAAGCAGAAGACUUAUGAAGAAAUCAAAGAUUAUGGGACCCUUUUCUUGUCUCAUAUUGCUGAAGAUAUAACUGAUUCCUCUACAUUCACAGAUGGUGUUCCAAAAGAAGGACUCCGAAUCCAAGAUGUACUUGUUAGGAUUGCAGUCCUGCUCUUGAUAAGGGACAAAGUGAAGUUUGCAUCAGAACAUCCUCAAACUCCACUGUUUUCAGAUGACAUCUUAUUACGUUAUCCAGGUCUGAAGGGUAUAAGGAAGUGGAGGGAGGAGCAUGAUUUACUUCUGCUGCGUGCUGUGUUAAAGCAUGGGUAUGGAAGGUGGCAAGCUAUUGUUGAUGAUAAGGAUCUGAAGAUUCAGGAGGUCAUCUGUCAGGAGUUGAAUCUUCCUGUUAUAAAUUUACCGCUACCAGGACAAAUGGGCUCUCAGGUGCAAAAUGGUGCAAAUUUGACAAAUGCAGAAGUACCCAGCAAUGAAUCCAGGGAAAAUGGUGGAAGUGACAUAGCAGCUGAUGGUGCCCAAGGUUCAGGUGAUGCUAGGAACCAAACACAGCUAUAUCCAGACUCGUCCAUGUUAUAUCAUUUUAGAGACAUGCAGAGAAGACAGGUUGAGUUUGUAAAAAAGAGGGUUCUUCUUUUGGAAAAAGGGGUCAAUGCUGAGUACCAGAAAGAAUACUUUGGUGAUCCAAAAGCAAAUGAAGUAACCAACGAUGAACUUAAAACUGUACCCAAUGCUACUACUAAUCCAAGUUAUAAAUCAGGGGAUACUGAUACCCAAAUGAUUGAUCAACUGCCACAAGUAGAAACAAUAGCUCCAGAAGAUGCUUCGGUUGCUUGUGAUAGUGAUCCAAAUCGAUUGAAAUUAGUUGAACUUUACAAUGAGAUGUGCAAGGUAGUUGAGGAAAACCCCACGUUGGCAAGAGAACCGGAAGAGGUCAAUGCAGUGAAGAAGUUACCGUCCUUCGAAAUCAUUUGUCAAGAUAUCAACAGAAUUCUAACACCCACAGUAGAGCACGGUGAAGUUUUGGGGUCCAAAUCGCUGCCUACCCAUCAAAAUGACUGCAAACUUGAUUCUUCAGCAGAGGAUGGGACUAAAGAUAUGGUAACAGAUUCUGAUCCUACACCGACGGAGAAAAAGGAAGGCGUUAUAGAGAUGGAUGAAAGUAGUGAUGCCGAGUUGAAUGAGAACGCACAGAAUUCUGAUGCUGGAGUCAUUGUAUUGGAUGAGUAAACGCAAUAUCUAGUUGACAUACAGAUAUUUGUUGUACCAUGUAUCAUAUAUGAUCUAAAUCAACAUUUUUUAACUUGUCUAAAGUGAAGUAGAUUAAAAGCAUGUAGCUUAUAAAAAAAGAGAGCAUAUGCCGCAGUUCUUAAAUCCCCUGCAACUGAGACCAUGGGAAAUUGUUAGAUUUCACAAGUUACUACGAAGUUUUUGUUUUUAAAUUUAGGUUUAUGAUCAAAUGUAUACUUUACUACACUGUAGCACUUUAGCAUUGACUUCUUACUUUCUAUUCGAGUCCGAGCAGAGAAUUGAUGGAAUUUGAAAGUUUAAGACAUGUUUACUUCCUCAAAAUGUUUUCAAUUAUCAAUUUUGAUAUUAUGAAUGUGUAA